UGGAUGGGAACUCGGAAAUUGUUGGUCCUACAAUAGACGAUAGAGUAGAUACACUAGAGUAAAUCUCAGAAGGUUCCUUGGCUUUUCUAUGAUUUGCUUUUAUAUUUGGCAAUUGUUUCUAAAGCCCUUUUGUCAUUUGAAAUGUUUUAUUAGUGUUGAGGUGUAAUUUUUGCUCACCCGUCGUUAGCAAGAAGCAACUCCAAGUCGAGAGGAUCUGCAUACGUGAGCAGGAUGGAGUUGCGGCCGUUUCUCAUGUGCUUUGCUCUCUGCGUGGUUUACGCCACAAGCAAGCCCACGGAGAAGAAAGAUCGCGUUCACCAUGACGAGGUCCUCAGCAACCGAGAGCAUGAUGACGCCGAGAACUUUGACUACGACCAUGAGGCCUUUCUGGGACAAGAGGAAGCCAAAACCUUCGAUCAACUUACUCCAGAGGAGAGCAAGGAGCGACUUGGCAUGCUCGUGGAGCGUAUAGAUGAAGAUAAGGAUGGCUUUGUGACUGUGGAGGAGAUGAAGAAGUGGAUCAAGCACGCACAAAAGAGGUGGAUUUACGAGGAUGUGGAUAGACAGUGGAAGAGUCACGACCUCAACGGCGACAACGUGGUGUCGUGGGAAGAGUACAAGAACGCCACAUACGGCUACAUUCUUGAUGACCCCGAGCCUGAUGAUGGCUUCAGCUACAGACAGAUGAUGUCACGUGACGAAAGGAGAUUCAAGAUGGCCGACCAGGACAAUGACAUGAAAGCCAACAAAGAGGAAUUCACAGCCUUCCUUCACCCUGAGGAGUAUGACCACAUGAAGGACAUUGUGGUGUUGGAGACUAUGGAGGACAUUGACAAGAAUGGAGAUGGUUUAAUUGACCUUGACGAGUACAUUGGUGACAUGUACAACCAGGAGAAUGAUGCCACAGAACCUGAGUGGGUGAAGACUGAGAGAGAACAGUUCAGUGAAUUCAGAGACAAAAACAAAGACGGCAAGAUGGAUAAGGAAGAGACCAGAGACUGGAUUUUGCCUAAUGACUACGACCAUGCAGAAGCCGAGGCCAAGCACCUGGUUUAUGAGUCCGAUGCAGACAAAGACGGACAACUAACAAAGAAUGAAAUUGUGGACAAGUACGAUCUGUUUGUGGGCAGCCAGGCAACCGACUUUGGAGAAGCUCUGACUCGACAUGACGAGUUCUAAAAUGUACCCGUCCACAAAGACUAUUUGUUUUUACCUCUUUUGACAGUGGACUUUUCUCUUUUUUAAACACAAUGGGGUCAUCUAACGCUGUGGACAGAUGAUAAUUUAUUUGAUUUGUUGAAUGUGUCUCACGAUACACACUAUUAAUGUUCAUGCUUAAGUCUUGGUCCAGUUGAGCUUCCACACACAAAAUGUUAGUCUGGUGCAGGUCGGAUGAGAGACAAAGAAUUGAGAAAACAAAACGCAGGUAAAUAAGCCACAGCAAUUUUUUUUGGUUCCAUUUUUCAAUGCACUGGACAUUAACCCUUCCAAUGAGUCAUGUGAUCAGAUCCAAACUGAAUGUUUGGUGCAAGGGCUGAAUGGUAAAUUUGAAAGACAAAAAUGUUAAAGUUUGAGGUGUGUUAACACCUUAUAAGUUACUUUAAGGGUUCAGCCGCAGACGCGUGUCUGUAGCUCUCUCAUCACCUCAUUUAGAGUGUUUUGUGUGUACAGUAUAUGUCUUUUUGAUGACUGACGAGAAUUUUUUGUAUUAUGCUUUGGGAUUUGUGUGCCAUGCUAAAUUCACUUAAAGAAGCCGUUUUCUAUGACACACACACACACACACACAGUUCUAUAAAAUAUUGCUAUGCUUAUAUUAUCACUAACACCAUUUAGAACCACUGUUUAUAUAUUUUUUUUUGUAUAAAGCACAUCCAUUUAUGCCUCACUGCAGGAAAAAACAGACUUUACUGUAAAUAUGUUAAAUUGUCUGCAAACUGAGCUGAAGAUUAGUUCAAGUUUUUGUGAUUGAGAACAUCUUAAUGAAAAUAAAAUUAGCCACAAAUGUC